AUGUAAUCAGCCAUCACCAUUGUAAUAUAUAAUUAAAUAUGUAGCUAGAAAUUAAGAUAGAGAAAUAUGUCUAAAUAUAAAAACAAUCAAUAUUAGAAUUAACCAACAAGUAUUUAUAUAAAGUGAUUAUUUUAAAGAAUUUUAGAAGUUUUUAAUUCGAUAAAAGGGUAAAAAGAUUUUAAAUCUUUAUUUUAGUCAAUAUGUUGACAAAAAUAAGAUAGAUAGAUUAUUAUUUCAUCAACAAAAUUAGUAAAAAUUGAAUGAAAAUAACAAUUUUAAAUAGAUAAACCAAAUUCAAAUUUUAUAAAUAAAGUAUUAACCACCUCCAGCAUCAGUUCCAUUAGCGUCCCAAUAAAUCAAGAAAAGUCCAUCAUUAGUUAAUGAUUCGAAUAUUAGAGUAGAUUUCAAGUAAUCGUCCCUGCAAUUUUCAAUUCAUCAUUUGUAUAUACUUUUAGUACAUAUAUUCUUAAUUUAUUUUAAACAAUUAUUAUUUUUUUCUCUUGAUUAUAAAAAAUUUGAAACUAGUGAAAGUCAAAUUCCUUGUUAUUUUUUUAUACUAUUUCCUCUUUUAAUUAUUUUUCAAGAAUUCUUCCUUAUGCUCAUAAAACACACAUAUGCAAUCCAAGCUAUCUCUCUCACCUGA